AUGUCCACCUCGUCGGACUCCAAGAAAAGCGUCGCUGGUUUCUUCAAAACAGACAUCAAUGCCAAACACGCAGAGGUGCUCCUGUAUGGGUGCUGUCUGAGCUCUGGUCUUGUGGAUAGCACACUCUACAAUGCUCAUCAUCAAGGAAACACCAUUUUCGUCGGCCUGGGCGCUUCAAACCAGAACCUUAAGCCAUACGGCUGGGCGCGCUCUCUCACCUCGAUCGGAUGCUUCGUCAUCGGCUGCUUUCUCUUCGCCCGGCUGAGCCGUCUUCUCGGACCGAAACGCAGAGUGACACUAGUCCUCUCUUUCUUUCUACAGGUCGCUAUGCUGGUAAUCACUGCUUCCUUGGUACAAAGCGGCGUGAUAGCUGGAAUCCCCUCGGACCCUGCUUCGAGCGAGACCCAUUGGAGCCAGGAAGCGCCUAUCGUGCUCUUGAGUAUCCAGUCUGCAGGUCAGAUCGUCGCUAGUCGGGCGUUGGGGUUCAACGAGAUCCCUACUGUGGUCAUUACCAGUCUUCUCUGUGAUCUUGUGUCGGAUCCAAAGCUGUUUCUCCUUCGCAACGAGAAGCGGGAUCGACGAGUGGUGGCGUUCGUUCUGACACUGAUCGGUGCAAUUGCUGGAGGAUGGAUCACCAAGGCGACACACGAUAUCUCGCCUGUGCUGUGGAUGGCUGCUGGACUAAAGCUGAUAAUUUCUGUUUCCUGGAUAUUCUGGAGAGAGAACGAGGGGGAAAGUGCAGUAUAA